UCCCCUGUUGCUCUUUUCAUAAGUGUCUCUUUAUAAUUCAGCUGGAGUCUAUGAGUCUAUGAAGUGUCUGUGCUCAGACCAGCUCAGGCUGAGCUGCACUGUACUGGGCUGUACUUUACUGGGCUGUACUGGGCUAUACUUUACUGGGCUGUACUGGGGUGUACUGGGUUAAGGUAGAGCACAGUAUUGCAGCAGCAGAAACAGCAGCUCUAUAAUGUUGAAGGUGGAGGCAGUAGUUAUAUAGCAGUAUUGCUGGACUGACUAGACGGUGGAAUAGAGGCAGUGGAAUGAAUGAGGGGAGUUAUCCAACACAGAAGAACUCAGGCUAGGAAGGGAGAACCCCAGACAUCUCCAGCCAAAGGAGAAAUUGGAUGGUCCCCUGUGAGUCCUGAGUGGUGUAGAGAUGGACAGCUGGACCCUACGGGGGGACAGCUACUCCUUCCUCCGCAGCAACGCUCCUCGCGUCUUCUCUCUGCGCCACCGUGACGGAACCCCGAACCACGUGGAGAUCUUCGACAUCACCAACAUCCCCAGCCAACGCUCAGCCAUCUCUGAGACCACCUGCCUCUGUGACAUCUUUGGGGACGACUGUGAGUCACUCUCCAGUAGCCCAGCUACAGGGGCCUUCGUCCACCCUCCCGUCCCCCCACCCAGGAGGGAGGCAGCAGGGCCAGGGCAGAGCUCAGAGUUGCCCCCAGUGUUGCCCUGCGUGGUGGAUAAGCUGAACGACUCGACAAGUUCUUACGACACAGCACCCGAGAGAUUUGAGGAUUCUUCAGAGAAGCUCAGUCCUCCAAUGCAGAGGGAGAAUAAUUAUAAUUUAUCUGAAGGCUGGGAGUCAGGAGCAUUAGCUACUGCACUAAACAACUCAUCAUCAUCGUGGACAUCUAAGAACAUCAGCCCAAGACUAGAACAAGGAAACACAGCUCCAACGCCUGGAUGGAGGACAGAUGACUCCUCACCUGAGGUGCCUAGCCUUACCUUUAAUACUACAACACCUUCACCUGGCUACAGUAAUACUACAACACCUUCACCUGGCUACAGUAAUACUACAACACCUUCACCUGGCUACAGUAACACUACAACACCUUCACCUGGCUACAGUAAUACUACAACACCUUCACCUGGCUACAGUAACACUACAACACCUUCACCUGGCUACAGUAAUACUACAACACCUUCACCUGGCUACAGUAACACUACAACACCUUCACCUGGCUACAGUAAUACUACAACACCUUCACCUGGCUACAGUAAUACUACAACACCUUCACCUGGCUACAGUAAUACUACAACACCUUCACCUGGCUACAGUAAUACUACAACACCUUCACCUGGCUACAGUAAUACUACAACACCUUCACCUGGCUACAGUAAUACUACAACACCUUCACCUGGCUACAGUAAUACUACAACACCUUCACCUGGCUACAGUAAUACUACAACACCUUCACCUGGCUACAGUAACACUACAACACCUUCACCUGGCUACAGUAAUACUACAACACCUUCACCUGGCUACAGUAAUACUACAACACCUUCACCUGGCUACAGUAAUACUACAACACCUUCACCUGGCUACAGUAACACUACAACACCUUCACCUGGCUACAGUAACACCACAACACCUAUCCCUGAAGGUAGAGGUUCAGCUUCAUCAGUGGUCCAGCGUUUACCUGCCCCCUCACCACAGUGUAGAGAAACCCACUUGUCACCUAAACCACAGAAUAGGUACUCCAGCCCUUCAUCUGAAUCCGUGGUCCCUGUGCAUUCCUUUGAGGCCAGAGACAGAGCUGUCUCACAUGGGGUCAGAUGUACAGCCUCUUCACCUGAUGAUACAGAUCAGUCUUUACCUGAGACCAGAGUAGCUCAGUGCUUACCUGAACCAAGGAACAUCAGCCCCUCGCCUGAGUUAAUUGCCAACCCUUUUUCACCUGAUUACAUAGUGUCAUUUGAACCUAGGGUUAGAGCAAUAACACCUAAGUUAGAGGACUCUGUCAGUACACCUGAGUUAGUGGACUCCAUCAGUACACCUGACAUAGAGGACACUGUCAGUACAGCUAAAUUAGAGGACUCUGUUAGUACACCUGAGUUAAAGGACUCCGUCAGUACACCUGAGUUAGUGGACACCAUCAGUACACCUGAGUUAGUGGACACCAUCAGUACACCUGAGUUAGUGGACCCCAUCAGUACACCUGAGUUAGUGGACUCCAUCAGUACACCUGAGUUAGUGGACACCAUCAGUACACCUGAGUUAGUGGACAUCAUCAGUAUACCUGAGUUAGUGGACUCCAUCAGUACACCUGAAUUAGUGGACACCAUCAGUAUACCUGAAUUAGUGGGCUCCAUCAGUACACCUGAGUUAGUGGACUCUAUCAGUACACCUGAGUUAGUGGACUCCAUCAGUACACCUGAGUUAGUGGACUCCAUCAGUACACCUGAGUUAGUGGACUCCAUCAGUACACCUGAGUUAGUGGACUCCAUCAGUACACCUGAGUUAGUGGACUGCAUCAGUAUACCUGAGUUAGUGGACUCCAUCAGUACACCUGAGUUAGAGGACUCCAUCAGUACACCUGAGUUAGUGGACUCCAUCAGUACACCUGAGUUAGUGGACUCCAUCAGUACACCUGAGUUAGUGGACUCCAUCAGUACACCUGAAUUAGAGGACUCCAUCAGUACACCUGAGUUAGUGGACUCCAUCAGUACACCUGAGUUCGAGGACUCCAUCAGUACACCUGAGUUAGUGAACUCCAUCAGUACACCUGAGUUAGUGGACUCCAUCAGUACACCUGUGCUGAUACCUCACCUGUCCCCUGCAGAGAGAGACCUGAGCUCCUCAGAGGAAGCCCAGAGCACCAUCUCAACACCUGCCCCCAGGUACACCCCUCCUACACCUGUCACCUCCUCACCUGAGCUCAGGUCUACCAGUACCACACCUGAACUCAGAUCAGCCAGAAUCACACUUGAAUUGAGAUCAACCAGUGUAACACCUGAACUCAGUCUGCUCAGUGUCCCAACUGAACUCAGGUCAGCCAGUGUCACAACUGAAGUCAGUUUAGCUAGUAUCACAUCUAGUUCUGAACUACUCGGGUCAACGAGUCUCACACCUGAUUUGAAAUCAGAUCCAUCCUCCUCAACUAGCUCAUACCACUCAGGUUCCUCCUCAUCCUUAGACACCUGGACAAAAACGUCCUCAAGAACCCCCUCACCUGAAACAAGGUACUAUAGAACCCUAUCAAGAACCCCCUCACCUGAAACAAGGUACUAUAGAACCCUAUCAAGAACCCCUUCACCUGAAACAAGGUACUAUAGAACCCCAUCAAGAACCCCCUCACCUGAAACACGCUAUGAUAGGACCCUAUCAAGAACCCCCUCACCUGAAGUAAGGUAUGCCAGCCCCCCUAUAAAACCCAGGAGCUCAGCGCAGUCACCUGCGAUCAGAAUCACAUCCUCCACACCUGAGAUCGAGAGAAGAGACCUCACACCUGAGGUAUCUGGACAGGUAAAGGCCAAGUCCCUGGACCCUCAGUUCAACUCCUCCUCCACCCAGGUCUCAGGUAUCACCUACUCCAUCCUCUCCCCAGAAGCCAGGGUCUUGGUGUCAACACCUGAGAUCAAUGGUCUCCUCUCCUCAGCUGAGCCACAAGGCAGAACACACCUGUCACCUGAGAGGAAGAGCACCACCCCUACCGAAGAGAACAGAUGGAACCGUCUCUCACCUGACUCUAUAGGUAGAGGUUCCUCACCUGGAAGCAGAGGUACCAACUCCUCACCUGAGAUUACAGGGAUAUACAGCUCUAUCGUACAUCCUCCUGAGACUAGAGAAAUAGCUGCAUCACCACAGCCACCCAGAUAUAAAAACCUCUCACCUGAGUAUAAAACCCCUUCACCUCCGAAGAGUCAAACUGUCUCACCUUAUCCAACAUAUAAAACCCCCUCACCUCUGCCCGGGUACACAGCCCCCUCACCUGGAGUGGAAGCUGCUCGCUCCUCAUCUGAGCUAAACACUUCAGCCGACUCACCUGGAGUAAAGAGUCCUGGCCCCUCACCUGAAUGCAGGGCUUCACCUGGAGUAAAGAAUCCUGCCCACUCACCUGAACGCAGGGCUUCACCUGGCUCACCUGGAGUAAAGAGUCCUGGCCCCUCACCUGAACGCAGGGCUUCACCUGGCUCACCUGGAAUAAAGAGUCCUGGCCCCUCACCUGAACGCAGGGCUUCACCUGGAGUAAAGAGUCCUGGCCACUCACCUGAACGCAGGGCUUCACCUGGAGUAAAGAGUCCUGGCCACUCACCUGAACGCAGGGCUUCACCUGGCGUACGUGAGAGGCGUGUUGGUGGCCUAUCAGACAGACUCAUUACUAACGGCACCUCAAACCCCUUGGGUAAUCACCUUUCUCACAACUUCAGGGAAGCAUCACCUACUGAAGAGAGUAGAGAGACCACCUCUUCACCUGUACUAGGAGAAAUCCCAGUCCCCUACAAGUUCUUUGCCCACUCACCUGAGAUCAUAAACUUCACACCUGAAAUCAGACCCAUCUCACCUGAUCCCACUGUUUCUUCUAGAGGAAGGAGCCCCUCCCUUUCACCUGACCACGGGGUUACAGGCAACUCACCUGUCCAGAGACUGGAAGAUCUGGAACCUAAACAUCUAGUCUCAUCUCUAACCCCUGACCUAAGUGACAGCAGCAACCCCUCACACAAGUCUCCUACACCUGAGCACCCAUGUAGAGAAACAUCACCCAACUCUAGGAAUAAAACCAUAGAGAGGCUAACUGAAGCAGACAUGGCUCAUCAUAUGGGUAAGGAAAACACCCCUUCUCCUCCCCUCACCAGGUUCACUCCAAUACACAUCCUAUCCCCGGUCCCUGGGAGGCCACAUGGCCACUGGGGAAACAGGAAUCACAAACCCCCUGAGACCCAGGCCAUUGAGGUCAUAAUGAAGUCUGAGAACAUGAUGGAGUCUGUCACAGAGGCUGUGACAUCCAGGGGAAGCCUCACCUUUUCAUCUGUUGACAGUAACACCCGGGCCUGCGACAGCCAAUCACACCUGGAAAGGUUGGAAAGGGAGAUGUUGUGGGAGAUGCAAGAGAGGGAUAGAGAGACAGAGAGGGAGAGGCAAAGGGAGGAGGAGAGGGAAAGAGAGAGGGAGAGAGAGGAAAGGCAGAGACACAGGGAGGAAGAAAAGGAGAGGGCAAUGGAGAGGGAGUGGCAAGCGGAGAGGGAGAGGGAAAGGGAGAGACAGGGGGAGGAGCAGGUGCCUGGAAAGGGGGAGGGAAGGCAGGAGGAGGCCAGUUACAAGGGGGAACAGGUUGACCUGUCAUUCAGUGUCAGGAAUAGAAAAGGGCCUGCAAGCCGCGACGCAGCUCCCACAAGCAGAGAGAGUCGACAGGGAAUGCCAGCCGCUUGCUCCUAUUCAGAGAGGUUGCUCACCACCAGACUACAGCAGAUACAACAGCUACAACAGCAACAACACGGUAUACUGCACAGAGCUGCACACAGCUCCCAGCCAGAGACAGCCAGAAGAGGUGGACCGGGACCCACCAAGAAGUACCAGCCCAAAUACAAGCCUGCGAUACCCCAGCUCGGGAGCUCCUUUCCUGGAUGCGUCUCAGUUAACGGCUCCAGCUCCAGCAUGGGCAGCAAGCUGGAUGAGGAGGACAACGAGGUGAAGUGGUUCAGUGACGUGGCCUUCCGCAGCCUGUCCUCUGGAUCCCCUCAGGUGGACUACCUGGACAUGUACAACUCCAGCCACUGCUCCUCCACCGGAGCCUCCCAGCCCUCCACCCAGGACAGCCCAGCGGGGGCUAAUGCAGCCUGGCUGGCCUACGUGGACCUCAGAGGUUCUGCUCCACGGCUGGACAAUGAAGACUUCCCAGUCCCACGCCAGCAGCAGCAGCCCUCCUCUGGGGCUUAUUAUCCACCCCAUGACGACCUGGACUCAUCCAAAAAAUAUGAGAUGGGCAGCUUUGAGUGUGUGGACGUGGCUGUGGAGAGAGAGGAGCCCAAGAAGGUGAUGAGAGGAGUGCCCAAGAGACAGAUCCAGCUGAAGAGAAGGAAUACGGCCGAGCUGAAGCUGGGUGAGAACAGUGAUGGUAGUCCCAUCAUGGUUCCUAGUCCUGUAAUGGUUCCUGUGGCUCCUGUGGCUUCUAUUGUUCUGAUGGACAGUACCUCUCUAAAGAGACACAACAGAGAGACGUUGCAGAGACAACACAGCACUCCUCCGGCAUUGCAGGAAGCCUACUGCCCGGAACCCAGCCCUGAACCUGCCACCGAGAGGACUGAGCAGAUCAAGAGGAAUGGCAAGCUCCAGAAGUCUUUGUCCCUGGACGAGACAUGUUCCAAAACCAAGAUGGCCACCUGCCUGAUCAACAACAUCCUCUCCAAGAAGAUGCAGAAUGUUGGUGAACAAACUGACCAGGAAGGAGAAGGAGGUGACCUCAGCCCCUCUGAGGACAAAACCCCUCUUCCCCCUGAUAGUGAGGCGUCAACCCUUAAAGAGUCCACAAAACCAGAGACACGGAAUCUGAGUUCCAGCAUAAACUCACGAAACAGUUUUUCUUCUGAGAACCUGGCUGUGAGAAGAGAUACCAGUCCAAACAUUGACGUAAACAGACAACAUGGAAGUUUCGGGGUGAAAUCCAGUGUUAGACGAAUGAACCAUACUAUUAAUACUGACACCACUUCUCUACAGCGAAGCAACAAGAGGCCUGAACCUACCAGCACAACCCCUGAGAUGAGUCCCAACGCACAUUUUGCUCCUGUUACCUUUCCUCGGAGAAGCAACGAGAGGCCUGAACCUACCAGCACAACCCCUGAGAUGAGUCCCAACGCACAUGUUGCUCCUGUUACCUUUCCUCGGAGAAGCAACGAGAGGCCUGAACCUACCAGCACAACCCCUGAGAUGAGUCCCAACGCACAUGUUGCUCCUGUUACCUUUCCUCGGAGAAGCAACGAGAGGCCUGAACCUACCAGCACAACCCCUGAGAUGAGUCCCAACGCACAUGUUGCUCCUGUUACCUUUCCUCGGAGAAGCAACGAGAGGCCUGAACCUACCAGCACAACCCCUGAGAUGAGUCCCAACGCACAUGUUGCUCCUGUUACCUUUCCUCGGAGAAGCAACGAGAGGCCUGAACCUACCAGCACAACCCCUGAGAUGAGUCCCAACGCACAUGUUGCUCCUGUUACCUUUCCUCAGAGAAGCAACGAGAGAAUUGAAUCUCACAGCAACAGAAGCCCUAACCAUGUUAGCCCUUGGAUGAGAUCUGAGCCCCCUACUACUAGUUGUCCUCAGAGAAACAGCGACAGAACUGAGUCUCCUGCCAGAAACCCAAACUCUUGGAGAACUGACCCGGUCAAACCAGAGAUGAGGUCUGAACUGGUGUUCCCGUUUGAGAGUAAAAAACCCACAGAGAAGAAUGCCAAUAUGGGGGGUAAGCAGACACAUGACAGUAAAUGGAGGGAUGAGAGGGAUGACAGUAAAUGGAGGGAUGAGAGGGAUUACAAACAGGCAGGUGACUCAGCAGAUGCAGCUGCCCGGAACACCAGCGUUCCCACUGCCACCCGAGCCAGCAGCACGCAGGCAGGAAUGACAAACACAAAGCUGGAAUACCCCUCUGACUCUUUAAAGCAUAAACAUCCGAGCGUCAAGAGCACCUACAUGUCCAAAACACCAGAGAUCACUCUGAAACCCAGCCCUGUUACAGAGAUAAAGAAAACCUCUUCUCUCAACAUCUCACUGUUGCCCGAGAUAGAAACUAAACCUGAGGGUAACCACGAGACUGCCUCCCCUGGGAAGACUUGUCAGAGAGAAACAACAGAAGAAGACAGGACAGUGGAGACUUCACAUACAGAAACCAGAGAGGAAGACAGGAGAAUAGGGACUUCACAUAGAGAAACAAGAGAAGAAGAGAAGGGGGUGAAUACCUUGAACAAGAUGAAUGAACAGACUGUGAAUAUGGAUGCCAAUAGGAACAGUAAAGCCAAAGCUCCCCUGCACAAAGUGAGAGAUGUGAGAAGGCUGGUGAAAAACACAUACAACCUGUCGUUCAAGGCCAUGCCAGCACCAGAGAAGGAGGAAAGGAGUGAGGAGAGGGGAGAGGAACAGAGACAGGAAAGGAGGGAGGCUAGAAAAGAGGAAAGGAAGGAGGAAAGGAGGGAAGAGAAGAAAGAUGACAGAGUGGAAAGGAAAGAGGGGAGGUAUGAAGAGAUAAUAGUAAGGAGAGAAGAGAAGAAAGAGAAAAAGCUACCACCUCACCCAAUAUCUCUCCAGAAAAAGGAAAAGCUACCACCUCACCCAAUAUCUCUCCAGAAAGAGGAAAAGCUAACAUUUCACCCAAUAUCUCUUCAGAAAGAGGAAAAGCUACCAUCUCACCCAAUAUCUCUUCAGAAAGAGGAAAAGCUACCACCUGACCCAAUAUCUCUCCAGAAAAAGGAAAAGCUACCACCUCACCCAAUAUCUCUCCAGAAAGAGGAAAAGCUACCACCUGACCCAAUAUCUCUCCAGAAAAAGGAAAAGCUACCACCUCACCCAAUAUCUCUCCAGAAAGAGGAAAAGCUACCACCUCACCCAAUAUCUCUCCAGAAAGAGGAAAGCUACCACCUCACCCAAUAUCUCUCCAGGAAGAAGAAAAGCCGAUGCAGAUGGAAUAAAGCUAUCAGCUGGAGAGAAAACAAAAACAAAACAACAACAACGUCCAACAAAACAGACAGAGAAACGUCUAGAGGCGAACCUAAGCCUGAUUUUUUACAGCAGGUGUCCAAAGGACCCCGGAACCUCUCUGAUGUAGCACCUAAGAGUUGCGCAACAGAGGAAGUAGCUGUGACAGAGACAGAGUCAAACCAACACAAGACCCCUGUAAAGGACACUGUCAAAACAGAACCAGGCAACACCAAGAUGAAACCCAGUGAAACAGAGUCACUGAGAGUAACCAGGAGACACCGAAGUAUAUCAGAGGCUAGUGACAAACCUGAAGUGGUGAGAAGAGAUACCAAGCCACCUAUGCUGGGCAGCAGCCCUAAACUCCCCAGUAAAGACAGAAGAGUGUCUUGUGCUUCUCUGGUGCUACAGGAUGGAUCUAAUAAGCCCAAGUCAUUCUCAGCCUUAGUUCCUGCCUGUUCCCCAGGUCCAGCUCCAGCAUUCCCAGCCCCAGCUCCAACCCUGGCCUCCUCAACCUCACUUGGUCCCAAAGCUUCGCCAGCCCCAGCUUCUCCUCCAGCACCAGCUUCAUCCCCAGUUCUAGGCACUCCACCUUCCACUGUCCCUAUCAAGACCCCUACCCCCAGCCACUCUGUGUCCAUACUAGUCAAGGAGAAGGGCUACCAGGCAGAUAUCGGGUCUUUGGUCUCUGAGGCUGCGUCAGAGGCCAUAACAAGGAGUGGGCAUGAAGGUGGGGUUGGAGGUGGAGGCGUCCCAGGGAAACAUAUCAACCAAAUAGAGAUCCCUCUUCAGACCCGUGGACCCUCAGAUGGGGGUACGAGUGACUCACACAGACAGAGAACUUACUCGUCCUCUUCUUCAUCCUAUGUGAAAGCAGCCUCAUCCGUAUCAUCCUCAAGCACUGUGAAAGAAACCUCAUCCGUCUCCUCGACCUCUGUCAAUGCAUCAACUUCAGCCUCAUCCUUUUCCUCAUCUCCCGUCAAUGCAUCAGCCUCUUCCUCUCAUACCCAUUCGGCCCCAAAUUCUCCCGGGCUUCGAAGAGACUCUGCUCAAACGGAAGACAGUGUUAGGACCCCUUCGAAUCAGGAGAGGGUUAGUGUCAGAGCCACGGUCAGAGACAUAGAGCAACGCACAACAUCACCACCACCACCCUCACAGAAGAAAACACAGGAAGACACUGCUGAAAAAGAGACGGUGAAGAAAUCAACCUACUCACCUAAGUUACCAGGCUCGCUAUCAGGCUCACCAGCACUGAUGAGAAGAUACCGACCGCAAGUGAUCGAGGUGAGGUCGUUGUCCAAAGAAAUACAUAAACAAGAUAAACAAGAGAAGAACAUCACGUCAAACACCAGACCGCAAACUAUAGAGGUUCACUCAAUAGCCAACGGUCCGCCACUGGCACUGAAACCAAAGUUCAAACCAAAAGAUGCAAAUUCACUGUCCAAUGAAACACAGCAGAAACCAGUGGAGGCAGCAACAUCAACCUUAAAACAGAACACAGAAGAGGAGAGACCUGUGAACAAUGAGAAACCAUCAACUUCAGCUACGACUAUCCACAGACAUCUAUCGAAUGAUUCGACCCCAGCGUCUAACUACAAUAAAAAGUUAUCAGUUUCUGCAGUGUCUAGCUACAGGCCUUCACCUACCAAAACAACAAUCAUCGCUAGUUUCUCUCACAAACCAGCAUCAACAACAGUAGACGCAGAGACAUCCAAUGAAAGGCCAAAGCAACCAGAGGCCUCAACCCAGGGACAAGGAGAGGCCCCCAGCUACACACAGAGACCCACAACCCUCACAGUCUCAGCCCCAGCUCCAGCUCCAGCCCCAGCUCCGAACCAAGCCCCUGCUGCCCCAGAUCCUGCCCAAGUCCCUACCCAUUCCCCUGCCAUACACUCAAGCCAGUCAGCUGUUGUGGAUAUAACCAACCACCUGCAGCAUCCAAAAACAAAAACAGCGUACCCUCAGGAGCAAACUAUGCCAGUUACCUUCAACAAUACAAACCAACCUGCCACGGUAUCCACAAACACACAGGCUCCCGUAUACACACACCACAUACACACACAGCAGCCCAUACACAGAUCCUUGUCCAGUGACCACUCGCAGAGGGCAGAUGACCUGCGUUUCUAUGCAUCAGAUGACCCCCCUAGUUAUGACGAGAGAGAGAGGUUCAGCCCCCUCCACCUACCUGACCUGCCCCAGAGGAAGCUGAACCGCUACCACCCCUCCUCUCCCUUCUCCUCUGCCUCCUCCUGUCCCCCUCCCUGCUCCUGCACCUCUGGCUGCCCCUCCCACGGCCUUACACCCCCUCACCACCACCACUCCCCCCACACCCCUCCCUUCCUCCCCUCCCACUCCCCUGGUCAACCCCCUCUCCGCCUACACCAGUGCAGAGCGGAUCCCCAUUCUCUGAGAUCAAUCGGCUACCAGCCCAGUUCUCCCAAAUCAUCCACCCUCCCCAGCCCCACCCAGCCCCCUCCAGGCAUGUACCAGUCCCUCCACCAUCCCCACCCCUCCAUACUCCAGCCCUGCUUGGCUGACCGCCCUCUCCAGCACCCCCAACACAUGGAACCCCGUCGGGCCCAUCUCCACCGCUCCCCCCAGGGCCAGCCAUCUGUCUCCGGGGGCCCCUACAGUGACCACAGCCACUCUCCCAACCUGCCCCCAAUGGACCCUCAGUACUUGUGCAGCUCACAGAGCCUAGGGCCAUCCUAUGGAUCUGAUUAUGGGAGUCUGUCUGGGUCUGACUACCCAGACAGUACAGGUGGUCUGGGGUACGGGCAAACCCCUCGCAGGGUCCUCAUGGAUCCUGACACGGGGAAGUAUUUCUACAUUGAGGUGCCUGUACAGCCACUGAGGAAGAUGCUGUUUGAUCCAGAAACGGGCCAGUACGUGGAGGUGCUCAUCCCUCAGAGUACCAUGUCUCACUCAGGCCUUUACCCUCCCUUGGCCGCCCCCUACUCCCCUGCCUCAGCGGCCCCCUACUCCUCCAUCCACAACCCCAAUAUAUAUGCCCCAGCUCCCCAGUACCUCCCCUAUGGCCCCCCUCCUCCUGCACCUCAUCCCCAGUCCCAGUCCCAGCCACCCCGCCACCCAGAGGCUCCAGUCCCAGGGACGAUGCACCUGAAUGGGGCUCAGGUCGGCUACGGGAGCCCCGGGAGCCAGGGGUCCAAGCCGGAGCCCCAGAGUCAUGCACCUCUGGACCAGAGCUACCUGGAUAGCAUGUACUAUGUCCCUACAGGCAUGAACACUAGUCCCCCGGACUGCUACCACAAACAAGCCUCCAGUCUGCCCAACGCGGGGGGUAAGAGGGCCUGAAAUAGUCGUCUUCCUGGUGCCUGUAGGGUCUCAGAAUACAGCCAUGCCAGGGUGUAUAUGAGGUGCUCUAAUGUAAGCCUCAGGCCUUGAUGUUAGCUUUGUUUCCCUGGCAACUGGACUGGAGUGAAUGAUUCUUUAGUUGUGGCUGUUUGUUGUUUUUUAAAUGUUUUGUUGUUUAUGUUCUUUGCUGCUUUUAUUUGCCUGGUUGCCUGAUUAUGUUAGCUUUUUAUGCAUUGAUUUGGUAAGAGAAGGUCCGUGAGGAUUUGAAGGUCCGUGAGGAUAUUUCUGGUAUUUCUAAUGAUAUUUUUCUUUGACAAAAACAAAAAAAUCUAAAUGUUCUACUGGUUACCUAAAAGCCAUCAGGUGUGCCUUAUCCAUUCUCAUAGAUUAUUCAUUCAAUCUAAACAAACACUUACUGUUUGCAUUUACAUUACGUUUAGAUACAUGUUUCAAUGCAUACGUCUAAUAUUUAAAUAAAUUCACCUUGUAUUAAAACCAAUAUCUCCUAAAGACUUGAAACUGCUAUUUGGGAAGAUCUCAUGGAUGUGAUGUUUUUCUCUGUUGAUUAAUGAAUGAAUAGGUUUUGUUCACAAAGAAGCUGCAAUGACACUAAUAAAAAUGUGUAAGAUAUUGAAUGUAAUAAAACUACUGUAGAUUGCA